UUGCGUUGGGGACUUUUCCUUUUCUGUAGCUCCGCGGGGAGUUCCUGUCGCUCGGUUGGCACCCCUCGCUGUCAGUUCUGUCAGACGCCAUGUUGGGAAUCGGAAUUUUUGUACGGGGUUUUGAUUGAUUUGGGAUGGAAUGUUGGUGAUAAAUUCAAUAAUAAUCGGGGAGCUCGAAGAAUGACAGCGGAGCUAAUGGCUAAUGGAACGCGAGAAAAGUGGGAUCCAGCCUUGUCGCGUUUGCUCUCGUCGCUCCAGCAAGCCAGGGAGUUGCCCUCGACCGAAGAGGAGCUGGGAUUUCUGAGCGACCUGCUACAAUCGAAGGAACUUCAUGCCUUAGUUAAUGUUCAUAAUAAGAUAAUCAGUAAUGGCGCUAGCGAUAAGUUUUUCCCGAUGCUGUCGACCUCGAUGCACGUUAUGGUGGACGUGCUGGAAGUUCUGGCGAGCAGAAUACAGUCUUCGGAAGAUUGUAAGGAGCUGUUCUAUCUGCUACAGAAGCCGCACGUGCAGGGAUUGUUAUAUUCACACGAUGCAAUAGCGCAGAAAGACUAUUACCCCCACCUACCAGAAAUACCUCAAGAGGCCGACGAAGAUGAAGAAACUGUCAAGAUCGUACAACUCGUGAAAAGCAAUGAACCGCUGUCUGGGGCACAAAGUGCUGAACCAAUAGUCGGAGCCACGAUUAAAACCGACGAAGAAACCGGGAAGAUCGUCAUAGCGAGGGUGAUGCACGGGGGCGCCGCGGACCGCUCAGGUUUGAUACACGUGGGCGACGAAGUCGUCGAGGUGAACUACAUCAACGUGGAGGGAAAAACACCAAACGACGUCCUCAGCAUCCUGCAAAACUCGGAGGGAACCAUCACGUUUAAGCUCGUCCCGGCGGACGGGAAACUGAACAUCCGCGAGAGUAAGGUCAGGGUGCGCGCGCAUUUUAACUAUGACGCGGCGACCGACCCGUACAUUCCGUGCAAGGAGGCUGGGCUGGAUUUUCGGAAAGGGGACGUUUUGCAUAUUGUGUCGCAAGACGACGCCUAUUGGUGGCAGGCCCGCCGCGAGGGCGACCGCAACAUGCGCGCCGGCCUCAUCCCCAGCCGCGCCUUGCAGGAGCGCCGCAUCAUCCACGAGAGGACGCAGACGUCGCAAGAUGGCGACGACGGGCUUUGCUCUGUUUCAGCUUUACCUGUGUUAACCUGCAGUCAGUCCCCGAAAUCCCCCCGUUGCGCAUCCAAACCUAAAACUAAAAAGAUUAUGUAUGACACAGCAGAAAACGACGAUUUCGAUCGGGAGCAGAUCGCGACGUACGAAGAGGUGGCCAAGUUGUACCCGAGGCCGGGGAUUUACCGGCCGGUCGUCCUGAUCGGGGCGCCGGGCGUGGGCAGGAAUGAGCUGAAGAGGCGACUGAUAGAUACUGACCCGGAUAAAUACAGAACACCAACGCCAUUUACGAGUAGACAAAUGAAACCCGGCGAAGUAAACGGCAAAGAGUACUUUUUCGUGCCGCGCGAAAAAAUGGAAGAAGACAUAGACGCCAGCAAGUUUAUAGAAUUCGGCGAAUACAAAGGCAACUUGUACGGAACAUCGGCAGACAGUGUAAAAGCCAUAGUGAAUUCUGGACAUGUGUGCAUUUUAAACCCUCACUACCAAGCUCUUAAAAUGUUAAGAACUCCACAACUAAAACCUUACAUAAUCUAUAUAAAACCGCCGCCUUUAGACAGAUUGAAAGAAACCAGAAACGCCGUUCAUGCGAGGUCCACCUUCGAUGUAAAUAAUUCCAGAGGCUUUACAGAGGAAGAGUUCAACGAUAUUAUGAAAUCAGCCAACCGCAUCGAGUUUCUUUACGAGCACUUCUUCGACGAGGUGAUCGUAAACGACGACUUAGCGCUAGCCUUUAGCCAACUUCUAACUGCUGCUAAUCGGGUAGAAACUGAACCGUUGUGGGUACCGGCUUCAUGGGUUCAGUGAUUGCUUUAAUGAGAGAAUAACCAUUGUUAUGUUGCUGUUGAUGUAUCUAAAUUUAAAAACUUAUUUUAGUACCAAAGCUGUUGUUACCUAAGAUUUGUAAGUUA